AUGCCUGUUCGUGUGAAGGUGAAGGCGCAGCUCGCACGAGACCAUAGUCCGGUCUCGUCACGGCUCGACUUUGACCUCCCAGACAUUGCCGAGGACGAUUCGUUCCGCCAUGUCAUCCGGAAGCUAUCUUGCUACUUUGUCGAUGCCGUGGACCUGCCCAGCACCUUUGAGCAGCUCAGGACGACGUCCGCCGGGAACUGCAUUCGCGUCCUCGUCAACCAUCUGAACGACACAUGCACCAACCCUGCCAUCGUCAACGCACUUCUUGCUCUCAAGUGGCACUAUGCCGCAGAGACGCGCGAAUUCUCGGGCUUGGCCGAGACUCGUUCCAACGCCUGCGAGAUUGUCGCAUGGCGCUUUCUCUCCCGCCUCACCGAGCGGGAGGUGAUGAACUACUGUCUCUACGAAAUACCGGAACGCCGAGAGGACCAGCUGGAUGCACUGUCGCCGUACGACCAUGAAGCGGCCGAAACGUCGCCCCUGCUUCCGCGCGUCCUGCCCACUCCCCGACGCCAGCUCGUGGUCGUCGGCAGUUCCUCGACCAAGGCCAAUCUGCUCAGCUCCCUCUCGCGACUGACGAGCUCGACGGAUGAGGAUGCUCCCGAGGAGCUCGAUCCCACCAUGGCCUUCAAGAACCUCAACGCGCUGGAGAUUGCCGCCAUCGCCGGCGCCAAGCGCUUUCUCAGCCAGCACGUCGUCCAACGAACCAUCAGCGGCAUCUGGAACGGUGACAUCAUUUUCUGGGACAGCUUAUCGGUCCAGGCGAGCAAGAAGCAUCGAUUCUAUCACCCGCAGACUUCGGAUCCUUACUCGCGCCUUCGCGUCCCCAAGUAUCUCAAGUGCUGGGAGGUUCUCUUCUUCGCCGUCUUCCUGUGCCUCUACUACACCGUUCUCAUCGUCCGGGAUGAGGACCACAUUACGAGCACGGAAAUUGUGCUCUUCGUCUGGAUUGCCGCCUUUUUUUACGACGAAUUGAGCGAAUGGAUGGAUGCCGGCUCCGUCUUCUACGCAACCGACAUGUGGAACCUGUUCGACAUGAUCAUGAUCCUCAUCGGCUUCAUAUUUGCCGUUCUCCGGAUCAUCGGCAUCACUCAGGGUAACGAGCAGAUAAACGAUCUCGCCUUUGACGUUCUCGCUCUCGAGGCGCUGUUUAUGAUGCCGCGCAUCUGUUCCAUCCUGAGUCUGAGCCCGUACUGGGGCACGCUGAUCCCUUGCCUGAAGGAGAUGGGCAAGGAUUUCAUCAAGUUCAUGGUCUUUGUCGUCAUCAUCUACUUUGGCUUCCUCACCAGCUUUUCUCUCGUCGGCCGCGACACGUUUAGCCUAGCCAAGAUGACGGGCAUCUUGACAAAGAUAUUCUUCGGAUCAAGCUACGUCGGAUUCGAGAUUAUGCACCAGAUCAACCCGAUAUUCGGACCGCCGCUGAUGAUCAUCUUCAUCACCCUGACGUCCAUCCUGCUCAUGGGCUCCCUCACCGGUAUGCUGUCCAACAGCUUCUCUCGCGUCAUCACCCACGCCAAGGAGGAGUAUCUCUACGUCUACAGCGUAUACGUCCUGGAAGCGUCGACGAGCAACAGGCUCACUCACUUCUACCCGCCCUUUAACCUCCUCGCCUUUGCCAUCUUCCGACCCCUGCGCCUCAUUUUCCCGCGCCACGAGAAGUUCCGUGCCGGUCGGAUCGUUCUUUUGAAGCUGACGCACAUGCCUAUCGUGGCUGCCAUUCAGCUGUACGAGCUCAUCCGGCAAAGGAUCAACCCGGCCGCGACGUUCAAGGGACCUAGAGAGCCAGAUAGAAGAAGGACGCUCUACGAGCUUGGCCGGCCGACAUCAGGAUACGACCGGCAGUUGUGGCCCCGCGAGGCGAGUGUGCAUGACGACGGUCAAGGGGUUGACGAUGACGGGGAAGCACCUAGUGCUGUCGAGAUUCAAAUUGCCGAGCUGAGUGCCAAGAUUGACAAGCUGAUGGCGAUGCAGGAGAAGAGCCUACAGGCCAAAGUUUCCGAUGAGCCGAGCGCUUCUUCGUCUUGA